UGCAGAGAUUCACGGGGUCGAAGGAGCGAACGUCCGGAGAUAAUCGGAGGUCCUUGAAAACCCUAGAAGGGAGAUUUCAGUGGGAGAGAGGUUGCAGAGAAGGCGUCCUCUUAGGGAAUGCAGAGAGAUGAGAGGAGCGCUGUUGACGAGUUUCAUCUCUAAUGGUCGAGCAGGCAAGUGCAUCCGCGGCCGGAAUUGUCACCGGAAACACGUCGAAGACGGGUGAUCCAUUUUCCCCUUUUCUCUUCCUCUUCAAAUCCCUACGCUUUAAUUAAGUAAGCUAAGAAAAAACAAGGCGAGAAAGAAUCGUUUGUAUAUAUCAGUACUUUUGUGUUUUAAUCUUUGAGAAAAGAUCGAAUCCAUGGCGGAGAAGGACAGAGACGGUCAUUCUGGAGUGCUCCAUGGGAAGUAUGAGUUAGGUCGGCUUCUAGGGCAUGGAACUUUUGCUAAGGUUUACCAUGCCCGGAACUUGCAGACUGGGACGAACAUGGCGAUGAAGGUUGUUGGGAAGGAGAAGGUCAUAAAAGUAGGUAUGAUGGAGCAGAUCAAGAGAGAGAUCUCUGUGAUGAAGAUGGUGAAGCAUCCGAAUAUUGUCGAGCUUCAUGAGGUUAUGGCGAGCAAAUCGAAGAUCUAUUUCGCUAUGGAGCUUGUUCGAGGCGGGGAACUGUUCUCCAAAAUUGCUAGAGGUCGAUUGAGAGAGGAUGUGGCUAGAGUUUACUUUCAGCAGCUGAUUUCUGCGAUCGAUUUCUGCCACAGUCGGGGGGUUUACCAUCGGGACCUCAAACCGGAGAAUCUUCUUCUCGACGACGACGGAAACCUUAAGGUAACUGAUUUUGGACUCAGCGCAUUUUCAGAGCACUUGAAACAGGAUGGAUUGUUGCACACAACUUGUGGUACGCCAGCGUACGUUGCGCCGGAGGUUAUCGGGAAGAACGGAUACAACGGCGCCAAAGCCGAUCUGUGGUCAUGUGGAGUCAUCCUUUACGUUCUUCUGGCAGGAUUUCUCCCAUUUCAGGACGACAAUAUUAUGGCCAUGUACAGGAAGAUUUACAAGGGAGACUUCAAAUGCCCGCCGUGGUUCUCAUCGGAUGCCCGUCGACUAAUCACCAAACUCCUCGAUCCAAAUCCGAAUACCAGAAUUACAACUUCGAAGAUCAUGGAGUCGUCCUGGUUCAGGAAAUCUGUACCAAGAACUGUGACGACGAAAGAGGAGCAGGAAUUCGACGAGAGCAACGAGAAACUAAAGCAAUCUGAGACUCUGAAUGCAUUCCACAUAAUUUCGUUAUCAGAAGGGUUCGAUUUGUCGCCGUUGUUCGAGGAGAAGAAGAGGGAAGAAAAAGAGGAGCUGAGAUUUGCGACGACGAGGCCGGCAAGCAGUGUGAUAUCGAAGCUGGAGGAGGUUGCGAAAGCGGGGAAAUUCAACGUCAAAAAGAGCGAAUCGAGAGUCAGACUACAGGGCCAGGAGUGCGGAAGAAAAGGGAAACUGGCGGUGGCUGCGGAGAUCUUCGCCUUGACGCCGUCGUUUCUGGUGGUGGAGGUGAAGAAGGAUCAUGGCGACACUCUCGAAUACAACCAAUUCUGCAGCAAAGAGCUCCGGCCGGCACUCAAAGACAUUGUCUGGACAUCACCGACGGAGAACUCCAUGCCGGCUUGAGAUUCAGGAAGAAUUGAGAUUAUUCUUCGUAGUAGUUCUUUCUUUCUAGAUUUAACGUGGUUGUUAGUUGUUUGAUUUAGUUCGGAAUUUGAGUUAAAAAGAAAAAAAAAAAGAAAAAAGUGUCAGUGAUGAUCAGAUCAUGUGUUAUGUGCUGCAUAUAAUUGUUGUAAUCCUUCACCAAAGUUGUCCCUAAUUUUGGGCCCUUUUUCCCC